CAUUUUCUAGAAAACAUUAUUUACCAGAAAUGCAAAUCGGAAAUUUGUGGUUAUCUGAGUUGUACUUAUCUAAAUUAUCUGUACAGAUUCAUACAUAUCAUAUGGAAACGUUCAUAAAUCUAUUGCGCAGCUUUAUUGAUCGCAUCCUAAGCAGCUGUAAACACUAAACACCAAUUCUACAACUGACAGUGAGACUAAAAUUCUCCCAGGAAAAACACGCAAAUACGAUAAGAACGCGUCCAUCAAAUUAUGGUGACGCACUCUUACGAUUCGUUAAUAAGUUAUGUGCAAUGUAGUGAGCUAUCGCUAUUGCGUCUCACUAACAAUAUUCGAUUGUGUAUUUGCACUUUAUAUUUACUUUACAUUAAUUAUACUUACCAUCUGAAAUGAAAUAUACGAAAGCGCAAUUCAUAUCUUGACAACGUAAAAACUUCUGUCUCUAUUUAAAAAUCAUUAAAUAAAUGAAUAUUUAUAUAACAAACAAGUUGAUUAAGAAAAAAAAAAAAAUAUUCGAUCGAAAACGCCGUAUCGUUACUUUUGAUAUUGUUUUUGGCGAUCUAUAUCAAUUAGAAGCUACGAAUACAUUUGACUCAAAUAUAUUGUUAUUGUAAUAAUUAUAUUUUUGACGUUCAUUAAAAAAAAUCUAUUUACAAUUUUAUUUUAUUUCUCAUUUUAUAACAGAUUUCAUCCCUUGAUAGUUGAUUCGUUUGUGAAUGUGAUGUGUACUUUUUAAUAGAAGAAGGAUUUCAAUUAACUAAGUGAAUACAAACAUGCGUUUCGUAACAUCUUUAACUCAUUGCACACUCUGAACUUUAUUAAUUCACUGCAAAUCACUCUACUAGUCGCUUGCUUCUUUUUUCAUCUAUUUAAACUCAACAAUCUCAAAAUUUUUAUAUUUUUACCACAUUUCUUUAUAAGAACAAGAUUAUACAGAUAAGUUUCUGAACUCUCAAAUCUCAAUUCAAUAAAUACUCUUAAAAAAUUCAUUGACAUUAAUUUUUUGAUUUUUAUUAAAAAUUAAAAAAACCGGCUAAUUUUGUCCACGUUUUGAACACAAAAAAUCUGGAAUAAUAUAAAAAAACUUUUCUUUAUCAAUUUUUGUUGAAUGGUAGAAAAAAGUCUGAACCAAGUGAAACAAAAUAUUUACAUCAUAAAGGAACAACAAUUGUGACACAACCGAAUAAGAAGUGAACAGAGUGAAUUAAAUAAUCGAAAACAAAAUUAAAUAAAAAAAUUUGGAAAAAAAAAGAGUCGUUCGUUAUUAGGAUACUCAUAAUUCCUGCAACAGAUGUAAUGGACAAAAUUGAAGAAGUUGAUCAAGCAUGGAAUGAAAUGCUGGGUCGCGAGACUGAAUCACUUCUUGGCAGAGUUGUGAGUCUUGAAAGACAAUCUUUGGCACAAAAGGAUGAAAUUGUAUGUCUUCGUACAACUUUAGCUAAUGCGUUACGACGAAUUUCACAGUUAGAAGGCAAAGAUAAAAGAGACCACGAUAAAAAUGAAAGAAAAAAUGACCAGCUCAACAAUGCAUCCUCAAUGAUCAAUGGCCAUGUUUCUAAUAAAAAUGUGCAAAACCCAAAAAAAAGUGAUGUACGAUUAAGACAAACAGAUGCUUUAUGCUUGAGAAAUUCACUUAAAUCUGGAUCAGAUGUCCGUGAUGCUACACCAAGUCCUAGAAGACCAGUUAGUUCUGGUGCUCCAUCUCAAUUGCCCCAGAGACGAUCUGUUCACUAUCAGUCAACUGGAUCAUUGCAUUCAGAAAGUCCAAGUAGCAGCAGUGUAUCACCAGUCUCAUCACCAAGCCCCAGAGUGACUCCACUUCCAGUAACAAAAUCUCCAGCAGUACGGCCAAAUGGACCUCCUCCAAGUAGCUUGAAACGAGCCAAAAGAUGGUCAUCAACUGGUGACUUUAUCCACUCACCUCAAUCUCCAAGCAAUGCUUCCCUAUCAGGUGCAUCAAGAUUGUCAGCAUCAACCAAAUCACUGUUCAACCUAUUCAAGCCAUCAGCUACAAGCAACGUCAAGCAUGGCACAAGGGACAUGCAGUUCAAUGAGAUUGAAGGGACUGCGAGGAUGUAUUUACGAGGUCGUCCCAUCGUUUUUUAUGCACCAACACCUCUUAUUGAGUCUUACGAUCUGCACAAAGUUAUUAUACCGCCGCAAAGUAAACUAAAGCUUGAUUGGGUAUAUGGCUACAGAGGACGAGAUUGCAGGAGUAAUCUCCAUUUUUUGCCUACUGGCGAAAUUGUUUAUUUUGUUGCUGCUGUUGUAGUUCUCUAUAACAUGGAAGAACACAGUCAGAGGCACUAUUUAGGACACACUGAUGACAUCAAAUGCAUAGCUAUUCACCCAAACAAAAUGAUCGUAGCAACUGGUCAAGUAGCUGGAACAAACAAAAAAGAUGCCUUGCCACAUAUCCGUAUAUGGAAUGCAGUAAGUCUUGCAACUUUGAGUGUUAUUGGAAGUGGUGAAUUCGAUGGAUCAAUUUGUUGUCUGUCAUUUUCCAAAGCAGAUAAUGGUAAUUUUCUUUGUGCAAUCGAUGAAACAUCUGAUCAUAACAUAUCAAUUUGGGACUGGCAAAAAGGAGAACGCGGAGUAAAAGUAACUGAGACAAAGUGCUCUGUCGACACAGUAGUUUGUGCUGAAUGGCAUCCACUAGAACGCAACCAAAUCGUUUCUUGCGGUAAAGGACAUGUUUCAUUUUGGUCACUCGAUGGUGGUAAUAUGCUUUAUAAGCGAAUGGGAGUUUUCGAAAGUAGAGAAAAACCAAGAUACGUUACAUGUGUUGCAUUUAAUCAAAACGGUGAUAUACUUACUGGUGACAGUAACGGAAAUAUCAUCGUAUGGGCUCGAGGUACAAAUACAGUUGCUAGACUUGUUAGAAAUAUUCAUGAAGGAUCAAUUUUUUCAAUAUGUGUGUUGAAGAAUGGAAACAUCAUUACUGGUGGUGGAAAAGAUGGAAAAAUUUUGUAUUUUGAUGAGUCACUCAAUUUAGCUGGCGAAGGGGUUCAAAUAGAAGAUCAUUUUGGGGGUAUACGAACGGUAUCAGAAAGUCGAGGAUCACAAUUGUUAAUUGGAACAACGAGAAAUUGCAUUCUUGUUGGUGAUUUUGAAAUUGGAUUUUCUCCAGCAAUGCUGGGUCAUAUAGAAGAAGUAUGGGGACUUGCUGAGCAUCCGAUUUUGUUACAAUUUGCGACUGCUGGACAUGACCGACUCCUUCAAAUGUGGGACAGCCCUAGUCAUUCUGUUGUGUGGAGCAAAGACAUUGGGGAACAAGCUCAAAGUAUUUGUUUUUCACCUGAUGGAGAAGUUAUUGUUGUUGGCUGUGUUUCUGGAAAGUGGUUGGUUAUUGACAGUGAAUCACGAGAAAUUUAUGCACAUCAUGCUGAUGGUGCAGAGCCUAUUCAGACUUGUCGAUUUUCUCCGGAUGGUACUCUUCUUGCAAUUGGAUCGAGGGAUAAUCAUAUUUACAUUUAUCAAGUUAGUGAAGAUGCUAAAAAAUAUAGCCGUGUUGGCAGAUGCAUGGGGCAUUCAAGUUUUAUUACACACCUUGAUUGGUCUUCUGAUGGACAAUAUCUGCGAACUAACAGUGGGGACUAUGAGCUACUUUAUUGGAAUCCUGGUGUUUGUAGACAAAUUCCACAAUCUUCGAGUUUACGAGAUGUGGAUUGGGCAACACAUACUUGUAGUAUAUCAUUCGAAACAAUCGGCAUAUGGCCAGAAGGAGCUGAUGGUACUGAUGUGAAUAUCUGUGCUCGCAGUGGUGAUGGAAAACUUCUGGCAACAGGUGAUGACUUUGGUAAAGUCAAACUUUUUUCAUACCCAGCAUGUCAACCAAAGACUCUCGCACAUGUUUAUGGUGGCCAUUCGAGCCAUGUAACAAAUGUAACUUUUCUCCAAGAUGAUGCGCGCUUAAUUACAACAGGAGGAGCUGAUACAAGUGUUUUACAAUGGAUCAUAAACUAAAAUCCAAAUGUAUUAAAUAAUUGAUCAUAAAGACCUGGAUGUCAGUCACAGUAGAUCGAAAAUAAAAAAAAAAAAACAGUAAAGCAAAUUUAACUACGAUACCGUCCGGGCAAAUGUUCCACAAUAUAUAUGUCAAUUCUUAAAAUUUUUUUUUUCUAAAUCUUGAUAAAUCAUUCACUGAUUAUGCUGCAUUCAUAGGUUUGCAGAUGCGAUUGAAGUGCAUAUAAUUGAUAUAAAAAGAGCUAUUUUUUACUUUUUCAAAAAUUAAAAACGAUAUUUUUUUAGAAAUAUGCAUAAAUUAAUAAAUAAAUUACAAAAGCUGUUAAUAAUCGUCUAUUUGAACCCAUGUAUUACAGAAGUUUUUAUAUUAGUAUUCUUCUUUAUCAUGGUUUUGCAGUAUGUUAAUCACCUGACGCUUGAUUUUAAUAGU